AUGGCCGAAGUCGUAGGCCUCGCAGCUAGCAUCAUCCAGAUUGCGGGGGCUGGCGCCAAGCUCAGCGUCGCGUUGUACAACUUCACGAACUCAGCCGCGCGGGCAGACCAAGACGUCAAGGACAUUGCCGACGAUGUAGAGCUCACAUCGAAUGCGCUCGAAAGCGUAGGCAGAGUGUUUGAGUCCGAGGAGGCCGGAUCCAUCGUGUCGAAGAAGGCUAUCCAGGACGCUAACAACAUCAUCAAAAAGUGCCAAAGCGUCUUCGACGAAGUAUCAGAGAUAGUAGAGAAGAGGAGAAAGACUGCAAAGGAUGGAAAGAAAAGCUUGAGCGUGAUGGGUAAGCUGGCCUGGCCGAUGAAGGAACAGCGGGUCGAAUUGAACCGAAGGAGACUUGAGAGUUUGAAAAACAGCCUUGUGCUUUUGUUGCAUGUCUUGCAAUUAGCCCAAGGUCAGGCGCGAGGUAUAAUGGAAAAAGGUGUCUUGAAUGAAGAGCGUGAGAAGAUCCGCGAACUGCACCAGCGACAGCAGGACUCGCUCAAAAGCCUGCAAGCUCUCGAAAACAGAUUUUGUCAUAUCGCAAUCAAUGAUGAAGAAACCCUUCGAGGAUCAAGCGCCGCCUCUCGUGUUCCAACUUUGGAGCUUAUGUCCAACGCUCAGGUUGUUAAGCUGCCUCCGCUAGAGAAAGUCCCAAAGCCUCAGCCAAACGCCAUUACCAUCGAACUCUCGACCCCAAAUGAUUCGGACACUUCUGACAGCGACGCAACGAUGUCAGGCGAUGACAACGAAGAGCAAAUCUCGACCGAAGAGCUGGCAAAAGCAGCGGACCAUGUGAUGAAACUGUUGAAGCGCAUCACAAUGCUACAGAAGAACUUCGACGUCGACAAGAAGAAGCAUCGGAAGCGACACGUGCACAAGAUGUAUCAACGCUUUUGCCGCAAAUUUGAAUCCGGUAUCAGGCUUCCGUCAGCUACCGACUUUGGAAAGGUUUCUCCAUUCAUCGAUUUCGAUAUGAACGACAACUCGGGCAGUCUGGAGAACUUCGACUUCGAUAGCUUUCUUCACGUUCCGGAUGAGAGCACGCAGCUUCCUUUGGAUGAUUUCUAUUUCAGCCAAGGGCAGCGUUCAUGCCGAGUGGAAGUGCAGCCUCAGACUUUCCGUUGGAUCUGUCUGGUCAGCAACAACGACCUAGUCUUGGUCAAGGACAGUCAGCACUGGCUCAGCAGACUCCUGAAACAUCAUCGCAGACGUGUGCGCGGUUUCAGAGGCAGACGCAAUCUAUGGCUUCACGACAAGCUCAAGCACAGGCUCAAGCACAGGCUCAAGCACAGCACCAACAGGCUCAAGCACAGCACCAACAAGCUCAAGCGCAGCGCCAACAAGCUUAUUGGCAGCACCAGCAAGCUCAUUCGCAUGCUGCAAUGCAGCCAAUGUCAGGAAUGA